AUGGCAAAACAGGCAAAUGUUAAACUCCAGCAUAUCUUACUGAAGACGGUGAAAGAUCUUCAAGCUGUUAUGAAAAAAGCUCAAACACCAGUAGCAGAGAAGAAACAAAUUAUUGGAUACAAGGGGAAAAACUGCUUAGGAGUUGGAGAAGAGAGAAAGUCGAUGUUAUUGGCACAGGUAAACUUUACGGUAGACCAGUUACGGUCGGCCAUGGACCACCGGACCGGUAUCCGGAACCUGGCUGUGAUUGCUCAUGUUGACCAUGGUAAGACAACUUUGACCGAUUCAUUGUUGGCCAAGGCUGGAGUGAUCAACACUGACCAGGCCGGUGACAAGUGUGCCAUGGACACUAGAAAGGAUGAACAACUCAAGGGCAUCACCAUCAAGUCCACUGCCAUUUCUUUGCUGUAUGAGGUAGAUCCAAAGCUGUUCCCAGCUGGAUCAGAAGCCGGACUAAAGGAAUGCAUUGUCAACUUGAUUGACAGUCCGGGUCAUGUCGAUUUCUCCUCUGAAGUGACGGCUGCGCUGAGGGUGGCUGACGGAGCUCUUGUAGUGGUGGACAGUGUUAGUGGUAAAUGUGUGCAGACUGAGACUGUCCUACGCCAGGCUUUGGCUGAGCGAGUCCGUCCAGUCCUCAUGCUCAACAAGCUUGACCGUUGUGUAAUGGAGGUCCAGCUUGACCAUGAAGAGCUAUACCAGUCUCUCUGCCGGACUAUCCAGAUGGUCAACAACACAGUUGACAUGUAUGGCCAGCCUAAUGUCAUGGGAAACCUUACACUUCAUCCCUCACUCGGUAAUGUUGCGUUUGGAUGUGGUCUGCACCGUUGGGGUUUCACUCUGCGGAGUUUUGCACGUCUGUAUGCGACCAAAUUUGGACUGUCAGAAGACAAAUUGAUGCGCAGGUUAUGGGGUGAACAUUACUAUCACCCUGGUACAAGGACCUGGAAUAAAGUCGGUGGAGACGGAUAUGUCCGAGGAUUCAAUAAGUUUGUCCUGGAGCCACUUUACACUAUGUUGAGAACUUUGAAGUCAGAGGAAAAAGAAGAAGUCUUCAGACUGACAGACAAACUCAACAUCCACUUGUCUGGAGAGGAGAAAUCAGAGACUGGUAAAUCUCUUAUGAGGAAGGUCAUGCAGAAAUGGCUGCCCGUGACUGAUGCUUUAUUAGAGAUGUUUGUGGUACACCUGCCUUCACCUGUAACAGCACAGACAUAUCGCACUGAUCUACUGUAUGAAGGACCCAUGGAUGAUGAUGCUGCUGUGGCUAUGAAGCACUGUGAUCCUAAUGGACCGUUGAUGCUGUAUGUUUCCAAGAUGGUACCCACAUCAGACAAAGGACGUUUCUAUGCCUUUGGUCGUGUCUUCUCGGGGACAGUGACCACUGGUCAGAAGGCUCGUAUCAUGGGACCAAAAUACGAACCAGGCAACAGCAAGUCAGCUGAUUUAUUCAUAAAGAGCAUUCCAAGGACUGUUGUGAUGAUGGGGGCUGGGACCAUGCCAGUAGAUGAAGUACCCUGUGGUAAUACAGUUGGCCUGGUAGGAUUGGACAAAUAUUUGAUCAAAUCUGGCACAGUCACAACUUACGAACAUGCUCACAAUAUGGCGGUGAUGCGUUUCUCUGUCAGCCCAGUUGUCCGUGUGGCAGUUGAUCCAUUGCAUGCAGCAGAUCUUCCCAAACUGCUAGAAGGUUUACAACGACUGAUGAAAUCUGACCCCAUGGUACAGUGUAUAACAGAGAAUGGUCAACACAUUGUGGCUGGAGCAGGAGAGAUGCACCUGGAUAUCUGUUUAAAGGACUUGGAGAAUGACCAUGCCUGUAUUCCAAUCAAGAAAUCCAACCCUGUGGUAACGUACAGAGAGAGUGUGGCCAAGAUGUCUGAUCGAGUGUGCCUGGCCAAGUCCCCGAACAGGCUUUGUCGAUUAAUGAUGACUGCAGAACCAUUACAGGAGGCACUAGUAGAGGACAUCGAAGAGGGAAAGGUCAAGGCGACACAAGAUGUUCGAGAGCGAGCACAAUAUCUGUCUGCCAACUAUGGCUUUGACAACCUGGAGGCACGGAAAAUAUGGUGUUUUGGUCCGAACAAUAACGGCCCUAACAUGUUGGUAGAUGUGACAAAGUCUGUACAGUACUUACAAGAUAUACGUGAUGUGGUCAAGGUUGGCUUUCAAUGGGCAACAGAAGAGGGAGUGCUAUGUGAGGAGAAUAUGCGUGGUGUGCGGUUCAACAUACAGGAUGCCCACAUCCACAGUGAUUCCGCCCACCGACGUUUGGCCCAGAUCCUGCCCUGCACUCGGCGAUGCCUGAUUGCCUCCCUUCUCACAGCAUCACCCAGACUGAUGGAGCCUGUCUAUGCAGUGGAGAUCAAGGCACCCACACAUGUGAUUGGAGGUGUGGUUAGCACUCUGGUCCAAAGACGAGGACAUGUUGUGGACCAACAACAAGACACUGGCACACCCAUGGCCACCCUUAAGGCAUACCUACCAGUCAAUGAGUCCUUUGGUUUUACUGAAGUGUUACGUGGUGAGACAGGUGGUCAAGCUUUCCCUCAGAUGGUAUUUGACCACUGGCAGGUUCUCCCAGGAGACCCCCUUGACAAUACAUCCAAGGCUGGACUCAUCGCCAAGGCAACAAGAGAGCGAAAGGGAUUGAACCCAAUGAUACCAUCCCUGGACAACUUCCUAGACAAACUGUGA